UACCAGACGCUGGAGCUGGAGAAGGAAUUCCUCUUCAACAUGUACCUCACCCGGGACCGGCGCUACGAGGUGGCCAGGAUUUUGAACCUCACAGAGAGACAGGUCAAAAUAUGGUUCCAGAACCGCAGGAUGAAAAUGAAAAAGAUGAGCAAGGAGAAAUGCCCGAAAGGAGACUGACCCAGCGCGGUGCCCGCAGGAGCGCUCAGAGGCAGCGGGGGUUUUUCUUUGUGGGUGCUUGAUUUCCAGAAACUCUCCAGCGACUCAGACAUUUUUUUUUUUCUUUAUUAGGUAGAAGUGACUGUGUGGUUGGUCUCUGUGAGGUAUUUGGGGGACUCUGUAUUUGCUCGCUUACGUGUUGAAGAAACCAAGUGACUGUGGGGUUUCGCCUACCCACUCCCUCCCUUUCCUGCUCCGUUGAUUCCUUAGGAAAUGCUAUAUUUUGUGAGUGCACGCUGGCCGAAGGAGCCCUCUCCUGUGUAAAUGUCUCCCAUGUUUCCGAAAUGUGCUGUAGUUUAGUCCCCCAGCCCUCAGCACUGCCCCAGCAGAGCCAAGCGGAACCCCAAUUCUGGGAUUCUGAAGGCAGAGGGAGACGGUGUGGACGCCCCUGCUGCUUGCCCAGGCGGAAGCUCAGCUGGGUGGGCCCCGGGUUUCAAAAGCCCCCUUUCCUCAGGGAUCCUGUGGGCCUUCCACAGAGACCACGAGUGAGGCCUAGAGAGGAGCCCAGGGCCUCGGGUGGGUCGUGGUUUGUCCUGAGUGCUUUGGAGGAGCUGCUUUCUCCCCGGGAGGGCUGGGAUCUCGUGGGCAGCCUGGCGGUGGCCCUCUAGGUUCCUGCCCAAGGACCAGUUGUAAAUGUUACCGCUUCCUACCAAUAAAUGCUGAUCUGAUCAAAUGGAGCCCAGACGCUGA